AUGAAAGGCUUGAUAGAUGAAAUUAAGAAUACAUAUACGACUAUGUUCAACGAAAUUAAAGAAGCAGAGGCAGUGUACAAAAAAGAUAUACUUGACAAUAUGAGAAAAGCUAAGGAAUUGAUGGAUGAGUUUAAAAAUACAUAUACGAGAGCUAUGUUCAACGAAAUUAGGAAGACAAAUCUUU